AUGAAAAUUACUAAAACGAUACCUUCUAUAUUGAAGUACUUUUCCUUUCCUCUCUUGCUUUUCGUCUUUCUCCAGAAUCACCGCUCCCAAGCCUUACUUGCUACCACUGCCGUUGUCUCCUCCGGUGACCUCAAAAUUAGACGUGGCUACACCACCUACGACGCCUACAUCCAACGCCAACUCAACAAAACCCUGAAUCCGAAACUACGAAAAAUAUGGACGACGCGUGAUUGGGACCGCAAGGUCAACGUCUUCUCCAGAUUCUUCAAAGAACUGAUGGACGAGAACCUGUUAUCCAAAUCCUCGAAAUCUCUCUCCAUCGGCGCCCGCGUCGGCCAAGAGGUGGCGGCUCUCAAACUCAUUGGCGUCUCCGACGCCGUCGGCAUGGACCUCGUCCCUUUCCCGCCGCUCGUCGUGAAAGGUGACUUCCAUAAUCAACCUUUCGACAACGACACAUUCGAUUUCGAGUUCUCCAACGUCUUCGACCACGCGCUUUACCCGAAAAAGUUCGUUGCGGAGAUCGAACGGACACUGAAGCCUAACGGUGUCUGCGUUUUACACGUGGCAUUGUCGACACGAGGAGAUAAGUACUCGGCUAACGAUUUGUAUAGCAUUAAACCGUUGACUAAGCUUUUCCGGCGAUCGGAUCUGGUUCGUGUACGUAAAGUUGACGGAUUCGGGUUGGACACCGAGGUUGUCUUUCGUAAGAAAAAAAAAUGA